AUGGAGACACCAGUUUUUCUUCGCUCUUUAUUUUUAUCAAUUACUUUGUCUUUCACCGACUAUAUUCUUUUUGCCUCGCAUCGGAAAUUACAAACCGUUCAGAGUGUUUUAUUGUAUGCCAUGGUAUUGACUUUAUUAACAUUCCACCUUAUAUCCUUUUUUAUAUUCUUUGCGUUAUUUGGUGUAGUCAUUGUUCUUUACUCGGCUCAAAAAAACACCCCUGUGAUCUUCCACUCACCAACUAAAGAAUCAGAAGAGUUGUCAACCCACUUAUCAUUGACACCUUUCCAAUUGUCCCCGUUCCUCUGUGACGGGGCGUUACAAACCAUCACCGUCUUCCUCACAAAAUACCCCAAGAAUAUGUCUUUCACCCGUCGCAUGGUGACGGGGUUUGACGGGGGCGAGUUUGCUGUGGACUGGCUUGACUGCCAAGACACACUUCCCACCACCUCUCCGGUGAUUAUUAUCUUCCACGGAUUGGCUGGUGGUAGUCGUGAGAGUUAUGUCCGACGAUUUGCGGACGCUGCAAAUAAAGAAGGGUAUCGUGUCUGUGUCUACACGUAUCGAGGGUGUGCCGGGACUUUAAUGAAAACGCCACGCGCGUACAAUGUCACGUGUUUAGAAGACACAGAAACGGUUAUAAGUCAUGUUCAUCAAAUAUAUAUAGAGUCUCAGAUCUUUUUGGUAGGGUAUUCGAUGGGAGGGAUGAUUGUAACGAGCGUAUUAGGACGUCUUGAACAUUUAAAAGAGAAAUGUAACUUAGCGGGAAUAGUUGCGGUGAGCUCGACGUGGAAUUCAUUGUCGUCGUCUGAAUAUAUUCCAUCAGCGUUCAUGAAAGGCUUUACCGAGUCGCUUGUAAAGAUCUCAAAGAAGAACAAAAACGUCUUUGAACGUGCGAUGAAAGAGGGGAGAAUAAAACUGUUUGAUUUUGGACUUAUGGAUUAUGUGAAGAACAUCGCUACAUUCGACAAAAACUUCGAUUGCAAGAUAUUCGGCUUUGGUAAUAACGAAACGUACUACUCGGACAUCGAACAGUGGUACCACUUAUUACCUCAAUCGAAUAUCCCUUUCUUGGCAAUUAACGCGUUCGACGACCCCAUCGCAAUUAUCCCAGAUGUCACUUUGGGUAGAAUCAAAAAUGCUGUUUCUGUCUCAAAAAAUGUGAUAUUUGUGGUGACAAAUAACGGAGGGCAUUUGGGAUGGGAAGAAAAAGGAAAGGGAAUCACUUUUGUGGAUAAGACUACACUCGAGUACUUCAAUGCUUUAUUGGGAUCUAAUAAUAAAGGCGUCACAAAAUAA